AUGAGUGGGAGCGCUGCCCCCGGGCCCGGCUCGGCCCCCUGCCGCUUCGCUCACUACUUCGUCGUGUGCGGGACCGACGCGGACAGCGGGCUGGAGCCCGACGAACUGGCUGUCUUAUACCAGUGGCUAGAAGCAGAUCGCCAUGGCAAGAGCUCAGAUACUGCAAACAGAACCUCAGGAGAGAACUUUGACCAGAGCCCCUUAAGAAGAACUUUCAAGUCCAAAGUUCUGGCACACUAUCCUCAGAAUAUAGAGUGGAACCCCUUUGAUCAAGAUGCAGUGAACAUGCUGUGUAUGCCUAAAGGGCUAUCUUUCAGGACCCAGAUUGACAACAGAGACCCGCAGUUCCAUUCAUUUAUUAUCACCAGGGAAGAUGGUUCUCGUACUUAUGGAUUUGUGCUCACUUUCUAUGAGGAGGUCACAAGCAAGCAAAUUUGCACAGCCAUGCAAACGCUUUACCAAAUGCACAAUGCAGAGCAAUACAGCAGCGUCUAUGCCUCCUCUUCUUGCAGCAUGGACUCCCUGGCAAGCAGCAUUGAUGAAGGAGAUGCCACUUCCCUGGCCAAGCUCCAGCAGUACAACUCGUAUGACAUCAGCAGAGACACGUUAUACGUAUCCAAAUGUAUAUGUCUCAUCACUCCUUUGCCCUUUAUGCAGGCCUGCAAGAAGUUCCUUAUCCAGCUUUACAAGGCAGUUACUUCUCAGCAACCCCCACCUUUACCGCUGGAGAGCUAUAUCCAUAACAUUCUUUAUGAAGUGCCCCUUCCACCCCCAGGGAGGUCACUGAAGUUCUAUGGGGUUUAUGAGCCUAUCGUUUGCCAGAGACCUGGACCCAGUGAACUUCCACUGUCUGACUACCCUCUUCGAGAAGCCUUUGAGCUGCUGGGAUUGGAAAACCUUGUCCAAGUCUUUUCGUGUGUUCUCCUGGAGAUGCAGAUUCUUCUGUAUUCACAAGAUUAUCAGCGUCUGAUGACCGUAGCAGAGGGGAUCACCACACUGUUGUUCCCGUUUCAGUGGCAACAUGUAUAUGUUCCCAUCCUUCCUGCCUCUCUCCUGCAUUUUCUUGAUGCUCCUGUCCCUUACCUGAUGGGUCUUCAGUCCAAAGAGGGAACUGACCGUUCCAAACUAGAACUUCCUCAAGAGGCUAACUUGUGCUUUGUGGAUAUUGAUAAUCAUUUCAUAGAGCUGCCAGAGGAACUUCCCCAGUUCCCGAACAAACUGGAGUUUAUUCAGGAAAUCUCUGAAGUUCUCCUUCAGUUUGGAAUCCCUCCGGAGGGUAACCUGCACUGCAGUGAGAGUGCCACCAAACUCAAGAAUCUUGUCCUUAAUGACUUGGUCAAUGACAAGAAGAACGGAAAUAUACCCAGUAACACCAUCAACAUGUACGAGUUGCUGAAAGGCAAUGAAACCAUCGCCCGUCUGCAGGCUCUAGCAAAGAGGACGGGAGUGACGGUAGAAAAAAUGACCAUCACAGCUCCUAUGGCAGAGAAGGAAAGGGACGUAAAACUGCAGUGUGAAGAAGAGGAGCUGAGGGACUAUAAACUAAAUGUGCAGCUUCGUGAGGUCUUUGCCAACCGCUUCACUCAGAUGUUCGCGGAUUAUGAGGCCUUCGUCAUUCAAGCCGCACAGGAUAUGGAGUCCUGGCUGACAAACAGGGAACAGAUGCAAAACUUUGACAAAGCUUCUUUUCUGUCGGACCAGCCUGAGCCUUACCUGCCAUUCCUCUCACACUUCAUUGAAACCCAGAUGUUUGCAACCUUCAUAGAUAAUAAGAUUAUGUCCCAGUGGGAAGAGAAGGACCCCUUUCUGCGGGUGUUUGACUCCAGAAUUGAGAAAAUUAGACUGUAUAAUGUAAGGGCUCCUGCACUGCGGUCAUCUAUAUACCAGAAAUGCAGCACUUUAAAAGAAGCAGGUCGGCUAUCUAUCCAACGGCUUAUUUCUGUUGAUAUUGUGGCACCGGAACCUCAUGUUCUGUAUCGUGAAAGGCAGCAAGAUGAUACCCAAUCCAUUGAACAGCGGCUAAUGAAGAUUGAUCACACUGCCAUCCACCCACACUUACUUGAUAUGAAGAUCGGUCAAGGCAAAUACGAACAAGGGUUCUUUCCAAAGUUGCAAUCAGAUGUGCUGGCAACAGGACCUACCAAUAACAAUCGGUGGGCCAGUCGAAGUGCCACAACACAGCGCAGGAAAGAUCGCCUUAGACAACAUUCAGAACAUAUUGGACUGGACAAUGAUUUAAGAGAGCCAUCGGAGGAGCUUUUGAUUCGUCAGAACUCAAUGGCAUUCUGGGAGUGGGAUCAGGGGCCACCCCCUCCUGCACGACCGCCUAAAAAAUCCUUCUCUGAAUGCUGCCUGAAAUACAUGCAGGAGGCAAGGAGUUUGGGGAAAAAUUUAAGGCAACCCAAACUCUCAGACCUUUCUCCAGCUGUAAUUGCUCAGACAAACUGGAAAUUUGUGGAAGGGUUACUGAAAGAAUGUCGCAUGAAGACUAAACGUAUGUUGGUAGAGAAGAUGGGCCAUGAAGCAGUAGAGCUGGGACAUGGAGAGGCCAACAUAACAGGUCUGGAGGAAAAUACAUUGAUUGCUAGUCUUUGUGACCUGUUGGAAAGGAUCUGGAGCCAUGGUCUACAAGUCAAACAGGGGAAAUCUGCUUUGUGGUCCCAUUUGCUUCAGUACCAGGAAAGGGAAGAGAAGCAAGAACAUAUGGCGGAGUCCCCGGUUGCCCUGGGCCCGGAAAGAAGGAAGUCUGAGACAGGAAUUACAUUACCUACACUGAGAGUCUCACUUAUUCAUGAUAUGAGGCAUAUUCAGAACAUGAGUGAGAUAAAGACCGAUGUGGGUCGAGCUCGAGCAUGGAUAAGGUUGUCUCUUGAAAAGAAGCUUUUGUCUCAGCACCUAAAGCAGCUUCUCUCUAACCAAGCACUCGCUAAGAAACUUUAUAAGCGUUAUGCUUUCCUACGCUGUGAAGAAGAACGAGAGCAGUUCCUCUAUCACCUUCUUUCGCUCAAUGCUGUGGAUUACUUCUGCUUCACAAGUGUCUUCACCACAAUCAUGAUUCCAUACAGGACUGUGAUAAUCCCUAUCAAAAAACUAAGCAAUGCAAUCACCACAUCAAACCCAUGGAUUUGUGUUUCAGGAGAACUAGGAGAUACAGGAGUAAUGCAGAUUCCUAAAAAUCUUCUAGAAAUGACAUUUGAGUGCCAGAAUUUAGGGAAGCUAACAACUGUUCAGAUUGGUCAUGACAACUCAGGAUUAUUAGCCAAGUGGCUGGUAGAUUGCGUCAUGGUGAGAAGUGAAAUCACAGGACACACAUACAAAUUCCCAUGUGGACGAUGGCUGGGGAAGGGAGUUGACGAUGGCAGUCUGGAGAGAAUUCUUAUUGGAGAACUGAUAACUUCAACGUCGGAUGAAGAUCUUGGGAAGCAGUGCCGUACCCCCCCUCAACAGAAAUCCCCAACCACAGCUCGCAGACUGAGUAUCACCUCCCUUACAGGAAAAAAUACAAAACCUAAUGCAGGGCAGAUCCAAGAAGGAAUUGGGGAAGCUGUGAACAAUAUUGUGAAACAUUUUCACAAGCCCGAGAAAGAGAGAGGCAGCCUUACCAUUCUACUGUGUGGUGAAAAUGGUCUGGUUGCAGCACUGGAGCAGGUCUUCCACCAUGGAUUCAAAUCUGCUCGGAUUUUCCACAAGAACGUAUUCAUCUGGGAUUUCAUAGAGAAAGCUGUUGCUUACUUUGAAACCACUGACCAGUUUGGGGACAACGAAGAGGACGUCUUGCUUCAGAGAUCAUCCUGCAAAACAUUCUGUCACUAUGUAAAUGCUAUCAGUACUGCACCAAGGAACAUCGGGAAGGAUGGCAAAUUCCAAAUCCUGGUUUGCCUGGGGACUAGGGAUCACUUCCUUCCUCAAUGGAUUCCAUUGCUAGCAGAGUGUCCUGCCAUCACAAGGAUGUAUGAGGAGAACGCCUUUCUGCGGGACCGCAUGACAGUGAAUUCCCUCCUCAGAGUCCUACAGACAUUACAAGAUUUCAACAUCAUCCUAGAAGGGUCACUCAUUAAAGGAGUGGAUGUUUAG